UCUGCCAAGCCAAAGGGACGCAGGGGCAGAGCCUUGUCAUGUUUGUGACUGCAGCGGUUCCUCAGGCAUUUUCUACUCCGGGCUGGCAGAUUGAAAAGAAGUAUUCAACGAAAGUGCUCAUUGGAAACUGGGUAGAAGAAAGGAGAAAGUUCACCAAAGCCACUGACCGCACGCCCCAGUGCAUUCACAGGAAGGAGUAUGUUCCCUUCCCAGGCCACAGACCAGACCAGAUUUCCAGGUGGUAUGGAAAAAGGAGAGUGGAGGGUCUCCCGUACAAGCACCUGAUCACCCACCAUCAGGAGCCUUCACAUCGCUAUCUGAUCAGCACCUAUGAUGACCACUACAAUCGGCACAAUUAUAACCCAGGCAUGCCUGCUGUACGGUCCUGGAGCAGACAGAAGUUGCUGUGGCUGCCAGAGAAGUCUGACUUUCCCCUUCUUGCUCCCCCCACAAACUAUGGACUGUUCGAGCAACUGAAGCAGAAGUGGCUGGCCCCCAAGACUGGCCUGAAGGGGAGCAUUUAUACCACGUCCUACCCGAGGCUGCCGGUGUGCGCUAUGUCCAGGAGGGAGCAUGCCAUCCCGGUCCCUCCCCCUCGACUGCACCCCAUCCCACACUUCUGA